CGCGUCAUCGUUUCCUACGUACGUUCAGCAAGUUGCUCGUUGUUUAACAGUUAGCGGUGUAAUCUUCAGUUUUUCACAUGGCGAAUGGAUGCAAAGAAGUGUUAUUUACACGCGGAUCUGGACAGAGUGAUGAUUCAGAUAUAUGGGAUGACACAGCAUUGAUAAAGGCUUAUGACAAGGCAGUUACAUCAUUCAAGACUGCCCUUAAGGGUGAAGAUGAGCCACAAGCCUUUAAGAAAAACCAACCAGGAAAAAAACGGAAGAACAACAAAAAGAACCAGAGCAGGAAAAAACCCAAUUCAUCACCAGAUAAAGAGUGGCAGGUUGGGGAUUCGUGCAGUGCUUACUGGUCAGAGGAUGGCCAGCUCUAUGCAGCCACCAUCUCCUCCAUAGAUGAGAACAGGGGUACUUGUAUAGUUGUUUAUACAGGAUACGGCAACGAGGAGGAGCAGAACCUUGAAGAUCUGUGUUCAGAGAUUUCUGAAGGGGGUGAAGAAACAAAUACCAAGGUAAACGAGGCAGAAUCAUCAACAGGAGAGAGUGACAGGUCAACCACACCAAACCAACACAAACAGCAGCCCCUUGGUAAAGCCCAGAAGUCCAAGGCCCACAAAGAACCUCCCCCUGUGUGGGCUCCUGGCUUCCCUGGGUUUCCUCCAGGUCCACCUCCCUUGCACUCCUUCAGACAGCAAGGGGGCAGCAGACAAUCUCGUGGUCACGGGCCUGUACCUCCACCCUGGCCUCCCAUGAUGGCUUUUGGUCCACCAAUGAUCCCACCACCUCCGCCAAUGAGCCCGGAUAUGGUCGAUGAUGAGGCCCUGGGCAGCGUGCUCAUCUCCUGGUACAUGAGUGGAUAUCACACAGGAUACUACCUGGGAUUGAAACAAGGACGCAAAGAAGCAGCCAGCUGGACGAAACUGCACCACAAAUGAAAUGAUCAAGUCGAGAUAUCAUGGUUUCAUUUACUCAGGGCCUCACCUGGGGCAGCAGCUGCUCUCCCUGUCUGGUGCGUGUUCUUGUUUCAAAAGCAAAUGUUGAAAUUGUAGUGUUAAUUAAGUGUACAUGGUGUGAACAGAAUACCCAUCAGAGUUCAAGGAGGAGAGCUUUGUAUUCUUUGUACAUAGAUGAAAUAAAAGCUAUCAGAGCACAAUUGGUGACUGGCUUCAUAUUUAGUUUUUAUUACUGUACAUUGUAGCAUAAACACUGUUGUAAAAUGAAAAUGUACCGAACAGUAGAUGUGUAAUUAUAGCCACUUUUUUCCACUCA